AUGGAGGAGCCCACAGAGACCAGGCCAGCCGGUGCGAAGGAUCUUGCGAACGGCGCACGAGAACCGGAGGGGCCUCCGCCGGAGGUUGAGGAGGAGGAAGUGGAGGAGGAGGCGAAGGCGGUGCUGGGGUCCCGUCCGUUCACCAUGCGGGAGCUCCUCGGCGAGCUCAAGGAGGACGGCGAGACGGCGGCCGGCGGUAGUAGCGCGAGAUCUGCGUUCGGCGAUGGGAACGGGGUCGGAUCCACUGAUGCCGAGGGCUCGUCCUAUAGCUCUUUACUCAGAUUUGAUCUAGGGACCACUAUAUCAUUAGAAUUCUUUGCAGCCAAGCCAACUCAGAUUGCUAGGCAUCGACCAACAAAAGUAAUCUAUAAUGAACUAGUUGCUUCCUCCCCUUUGGCCGCUCUUCGAAGUGACAUCACUGCAGCUGUAGCAUCACUUGAAAUCUUGGGAGUCAAUCUUGGCAAGAACAAGACCAGUGAAGAUGCUGCUGCUGACUAUGUGCAAGGGGUUCAUACAUUGUCACAAUAUGCUGAUUACUUGUUUUGCCUGGCAAACAGAGAAACAGAAUGUCUGAACAUUUUCUUUUUCAACUUGAUAUUGAUGUCAUUGGUCGAACAGUCACAGGUCAUAAAUAUUUCUUCCCCAAAUACUCCUGGUCUUCGCAAAUUACAAGGUAGAAAGCAACUGAAAGAUCUUGUGAAGAAGGUGCAAGCUGCACGAGAUGAGAUGCAGUGGGCUGAAGAUGGACCUCCACCAUUGCUUGUGAAGAUUGCACCAGACUUGUCUAGGCAGGAUCUUGAGGAUAUUGCUGCGGUUGCUCUUGCACUUAGGUUGGAUGGCCUGAUUAUAUCAAAAACCACUGUUUCCUGGCCACCACCUGCAGAUAAAGAUCCAUUGGCUCUGGAGACUGGUGGAUUAAGUGGGAAACCUUUGUUUGACUUAUCUGCUAACAUUCUCAGGGAGAUGUAUAUGCUUACACGGGGCAAGAUUCCCCUCAUAGGCUGUGGUGGUGUGAGCAGCGGUGAGGAUGCAUACAAGAAGAUCCGGUCUGGAGCUACACUUGUUCAACUUUAUACUGCUCUUGCAUAUGGUGGUCCAGCUCUUAUACUACCUCUAUUUUUUGUUUUGUUAGUACUUGAGUGCUUGCUUGGUCUUUUUUGA